CUACCGGCGCCGCUAAGCUCGCAGCGACUCAUCCCGGUGCGACAAACCGAGACAGAGAGGCGGACGCGGGGAUCGACCGGAGCGGAGGGAGAGGAUGGAAACGGUCGAGCAGCUCGUCUCUUUCCACCACAUUCAGGUCCAGUUGAGCGGGGGCGCGCCUUGGGGGUUCACGCUGAAAGGAGGGCUUGAGCACGGCGAGCCGCUCAUCAUCACUAAAAUCGAGGAUGGAGGGAAGGCUGCCCACUGCAAGAAGCUGAAAGUUGGCGAUGAACUCAUUAACAUAAACGGAUCCGCCCUCUACGGCAGCAGGCAGGAAGCCCUCAUCCUCAUCAAGGGAUCGUACAGGAUACUGAAGCUCACAGUCAGGAGACGCAGCGUUCCUCUCAUCAGGCCUCACUCCUGGCACCUGGCAAAGCUACCGGAGCUUCCCCUCCCUCCCCCUCCUCCUCCUCCGUCUCCCCCACCGCCGCCCUGCCUCCCCCACGCCGACUCCCCUCCACUCCCUCCUCCUCCUCCUCCUCCACCUCCGCCUGCCAUGCAGCUCCACCCCGGACAGUACACACUAGCCUGGCACACAACUGACAACAGUGACUUGUCCAUGCAGUGGGGUCAGCUGUCCAGACCUUACUCCUCCACCGACCGAAGCAGUUCCCUGGGCUCCAUGGAGAGCUUGGACACUCCCACGCCCACCACACAGCCGUACUCAGACUCCCAUAAUUCACCUGUCGACCCAACCCUCUUCAACAACAAGAGAGACUCCGCCUACAGCUCCUUCUCGGCCAGCUCAAACACAUCCGACUACGCCACGGUGCCGCUGAGGCCCGGUGAAGCCUGCUCCAUGGACAACCUCCUGCAGAGCCUCGGGCCGGCUUGUCCGGGUGACUCCUCCACCCUGGGGAGGUCGUCCGGCGAGGCCCCGGAUGAGGCUCAGCUGGUUGCACACAAGUCCAGGUCUCUGACGAGGCCGAGGCCGAGGCCCGUCGAGGUGAAGGAGAGGCCCUCGUCCUGCUGCUAUGAGCAGGAGAGGAGGGCAGACUUUGAGAUUGUAAGAAAUGGAGAAAGGGGAGCAGAGAGAAAGAUGAACCCCCCUCAGCCUCCAACCAGGAAGGACAGUUUCAGGGCCACCCGGAGUCGCCCUCAUGCUGCCAGCCCACGUUGCACUUCAGCUCCUAUUGAAAACUCCAGUACUUCUUCUUUUUAUGAGGAAAACAAGUCCUCUCUGAAUGUUGAAUCAGGACUUCAUAAUGGCUUCCCCGCACCAGCAGAAGGUGAUCAAACUGAGGAUUUCAAGGAGGAAACUGUGGACUCACACUUUAUCCAAAGACAGAAUAAAGACAUGAGACACAUCAGAUGUGAAACUGGUGCUAAUAAAGACUACAAGUCAGAGACAACCUCAGAUCACCUCUCUGACUCAGUGACAGCCUCCCCGGUCCCUACCAUCUCCUCUGGUCCGGACUCUUUACCUGCAGAAUCCUCCUCAGAGGCUCAAGAACCAAUCACACGCUCCCAGACCAAGCACUCCUCUGCGGGGCUGCACCGGCACAGCGCCCCUGAGAAGCUACUCGCUACACAGCUUCAGUUACUGCAGUUCAACAGGGAUAGCCCUACAUUGGAGCCCUACAGUCCAUCAAACACUUCUGAUCCCUCAUCGUCCCCCUGCAGCAGUCAGUGGUCUCAUUCUUCACUCCAGCCCACGACAGAAGACCAGGAAGCUUCUCACAACCACCUUCACGCCCCGUCACAUAAAUGGGGAGGCAGCCGAUGCUCAACCCCCGGGUCAGUUUUCUUGGAAGGUGAUGAUGGAGAUUCAGGUGAAAGGCUGGAGGAGAUGGGGGUAAAUGGCAGCUCUGUCUCACCAGUUCAUCAUCACAUCUCCUGGGGUCGCUCUGUCAGCGUACCAGGAGAACCCUCAAACUCAGCAACACAGGAAAGACUGAGCUCUGACCAGAUACUGGAGAGUGAUUUUGUGCCUCUUAGUGCUGCUGCCAGUGUGGACACCCUCCUGGAGGAGCAACGAGCAGCAGAGAGGGGAAGAGGUGGAGGGAGAAAGGAGGAGGAUGUAGAAGGAGAGGCAGCCAUGAAGAAAUCAGCCUCAGCCAGGAACCAUCGACGAAACCGACGUCGCAACGAGCGAUUUGCUACUAAUCUUCGCAAUGAGAUCCAGAGGAAAAAGGCCCAGCUUCAGCGUAGUCGUGGCCCAGGAGGGUUGCUCUGUAGUGGAGAAACUGUCCAGGAGGAGGAGGGUCCGGACCUCAGUGAGGAGGGAACAGAACCAGACCUGCCUGCACAGGAAAAGAGUGCCAAAGUUGCAUUUGCAUUACCCGCUAUUCCCCAAGAUUCUCAGAGCUCCUCGUCAGUCAGAACCUCAAACACGUUGAGUAAAUCCAACCAUGAUGUCCUGCAGACUCAGUCCACAACUUACCCUCAGAACAACAACCUCUCCAGGUCUGUUCAGAUUCUAGACCCAGGUGUGCCGAGUUUUGGGCUCGGCAUCCGAGUUGUAGAAGAACCAGCUCCUGCUGGCAAGGCCCGCCGUUGGCGUUGGACCCCCGAGCAUAAACUCCAGCCUGAACCUGAUCCAGCUCGACGGUAUGGAGGCUCGGGUGAGAAGGUGUUAGGGGUCACAGGGUCACGCCAUGGGGUGUGUGCCUUCACCUCCUCAUCCACUUCCUCCUACGGUCGCUCCUCUUCAUGCUCUCGAAUGGAGGAGUCGGAUAUCCUUCCAUUUGCAGACAGAAUGAAGUUUUUUGAGGCGACGAGCAAAGGCAUGCCAGUACCAAAUGCUUUGAGUCUGUCGAGUUCCAGGCAGAAGAAACCCUCGCACCAUCUGGAGCACCAGGGGAGAGAGCUCGAUCAGCACCCAACCCAACGGAGAUACUCAUAUCAGGGGGGACUUAAGCAGGAAAAUGCCCUGCUUCCAAACACUAUGGAGGCCAGGAGGCAGUCUGUGAGCACCUUCAGGGAGAGGCAGAGGGAGAAGGAGAGGGAACAAGAGAGGGAACGGGAGGAGAGGGCUAGGGAACGAGCACGGGAGGAGAGGCUACGAGAAAGGGAGAGGCAGCAGGAGAAGGAAAGACAAGAGAGGGAACUAGAAAUGGAGAGUGCAAGGCUGAGGGAGAUCCAGCGGGAGAGGGAACGAGAGGAGAGGGUGAGACAGUGGGAGAGGGAGAGGCAGAGGGAGCUGGAGCUGCAAAGAGAGGAAGAGAUGGAGAGAGCCAGAGAGAAGGAGCGACUCAAGAAAGAAAGAGAGAAAGAGCUCGAGAGAGAACGAGAGAGGGAAAGGGAAGAAGACUCUCAGCUCACCUCCCAUCAGGAGUUUUAUGGCACAUCUGGCAUCAAAGACAGAAAUCAAGACUUCCAGCACAAGGACAACUUCCACAACUACCAGCCCAAGCCUCAGGCGUUCUCCCACAGCCAAGCCCAGAGUCACGUCCCACGCUCGGCCUUUUAUCCAGUCAGCACUCAGCCGCUGGAGAACCAGCAGCCUCUGGGAUACACAGCGAGGAGCUACACACCCACAGAGACGUAUCCGGCCCGGCAGCAGGAAACCACCAGGCUCAACAGGAAGUACAGCCUGACUGAGAGAGACUACCCAAGUUGGAGGCGUGAGUCCAGACCACCAGAGAGCAUCGGCCAGCACCAGCACCACCUCCAUCAGGGUCGAUGGGGCCCCAGACCGGCCAGCAGCAGCAGCGAUGACCACAACGGACACUCCUUCGCCCCUCCGCCGGCUCCUCUUUCGCUCCGAGGUAGAGCCAUGUCGGAAAACGACCUCCGCUUCGACAGCAGCCACCGCUGGUCGCCGUCCAUUUCCGUGGCGACCAGUCAGACCCUAAGCGAGGUGGAGGAAGGAGCAGGAGGCGUCAGGGGAGGAGCUGCGGCGAGCACCACCCGGCAAACCAGGAAGAAGACGCCGCCUCCUCCGAGACCGCCACCCCCGAAGUGGGAACAGUUCCACCGCCGGCGUUCGUCCCACCACACCCUGUUCUCCUCCCCUGCUGCUGCUCCUCCCUCCGGCCCUCCACCCUUCAGCACUGCAGAGGCUCACUCCUCCUCCUACAUCCCUCCACCUGAGGAGUCCAGGCAGAGGUCCUACAGCCUCCCUCCAGAGAGGCACGAGGUGUCGGACGGCUGCCCGCGAUGCAGCUGCAACCAAACUCCAACCCAGGAGCGCUCAUCUUCCCACGCCCCGUCCAAUCAGAACCAGGCUCCGUUUCAGGAACUGUCCUUCUCUGUCGCUCCGCCCAGUCCGAUGUUCUCCAGGAGGGCCUUCAGACCGGUGGCUCCUCCCCAGAGGGAGUGGGAGGGAAGCCUGAGGAUGGAGGCUGCUCCGUCUCUACCUCCACCUACACCACCACCACUAGCAGCAGACACCGGCGUGAGCAGGUCAGAGAGGAGUGUGGACGUGAGCUGCAGUCCAGACCAGGACAGGAUGACGGUGAAACCUCACAAACAGCAGCCAGCCGUGAGACCUGGAGCCGAGUGGGAGAGAACUCCGUCUCCCAGAGUUCACAGCGACAUAGCGCUUCACCCGGUCUUAGAAAAUGGAGAUGCUGGUGGGGUUUUACCUUCAUCGCCUUCCUCCUACUUCACCCAAAUCGAUUAUGAGCACCAGCAGCAGCAGCUCCACAUGAACAGAGGCUUCCCAACUGAGGAACAGCAGAAGAUCCCCGAACCAGGAACAGAAUCGGAGACGACCCUCAGCCCGAGCCCUGCUCACAGCCUGGAGGCCGACCUGGACGUCCCCAUGGAGACGGACAUCGAUGACUUCCAGGAGGAGGAGCUUCCAGCGGAGGACAUGCCCAUCACCAGCGAGCUCCCCUGCUUCGCCCUGCCUGUCACGGUCCUGGAGACGGACAUCGACACGCUGCCGGACUCGGAGGCUUCGCCGUCGGGCCGGACGAGGGCAGAGAGCGGCUCUCUGGAGGAGGAGCUGGAGGCCGGGGACAGCAGCAGAGAAGGGCUGAGCCUGGAGGAGCUGUUCCCCCAGAGCAGCGAGGGAGAGUCGGGCACGGAGAGCUGGAGAGGAGCCUACCAAGCCACGGAGCACAACACCGACAGCUUGGAUAGGCGGUCCGGCGCGAGCUCCAGCUGCUCGUCCUAUUACAGCACCUCGGCAGCCAAGGCCCAGCUCCUGUCGCAGAUGAAGGACUUCACCGACAACAGGGAGAGGGGCGAGGACGACGAGCUGACCUACAAGAAACAGCUGAUGGAGAGCCUCCGCAAGAAGCUGGGAGUGCUGCGGGAGGCGCAGAGGGGACUGCAGGAGGACAUCCGAGCCAACGCACAGCUGGGAGAGGAGGUGGAGAACAUGGUGGUGUCGGUGUGUAAGCCCAACGAGGUGGACAAGUUCCGCAUGUUCAUCGGCGACCUGGACAAAGUGGUGAGCCUGCUGCUGUCGCUGUCCGGGAGGCUGCUGAGAGUCGAGACCACACUGGAUACACUGGACCCCGAGACGGAGCACCACGAGAGGCUCCCCCUGCUGGAGAAGAAGCGUCAGCUCAUGAGGCAGCUGUCCGAGGCUCAGGACCUGAAGGACCACGUCGACCGCAGAGAGCAGGCCGUCAGCCGGGUGUUGGCCCGCUGCCUCUCUCCAGAGCAGCACAGAGACUACAGCCACUUUGUGAAGAUGAAGGCCGCCUUGCUGGUGGAGCAGAGGCAGCUGGAGGACAAGAUCCGGCUGGGAGAGGAGCAGCUGAGGGGGCUGAGGGAGAGUCUGGGGCUGGGGCUGGGGAUGGGCAUGGGCAUGUCGAUGGGAUACGGACAUUACUAACAGAAGAAGAGGCAGGGCUGGUCGCCACAUUCAGUCUGAGUCGAGUUCAGAGCCAGGAAGACGAGUAGCUGCAGAGCAAGUCGCCGCCAGGCUGACACAAGAGGUAAACAUGUUUGUAGUAACGUGGAUUUGCACAGUUCCUUAAAGAGUAGUUUCACAUUUAUUCACUGUUGACACUAAAUAUGAAGCUACUGCAGCCCUUUCACUUAGUUUAACUUAAAGAUGGGAAACAGGAGAAGGUACCACAAUCCGCCCACCAGCUCCUCUACAUUUCACCUCCUAACAAAUGACAUCUUGUUUUAUGGCGGCUCAGAGCCAGACUGUUUCUUGGCUGGGCUUCCUGCAGCUUCAUAUUUAGCAUCUCAGACUGUCUAAGUGUUCCUCUAAGGAUUAGCAGACAUGUAUGCAGAGGUUUCAGGUCCAAAACAAGCAGCUGAAACAGCUCAAACAGCCUGAAGGUUUUUAGGUCGGUGGGGAAGAAUAGACUCUCAAUGAUGGAGACCAAAGGAGGCACAAGUCCAAGGUGUCAAACUGAAAAAAGACUGGACUAAUUUAGCCGUAACACAUCCCUUAAAAAAAGAAGAAGAAGAGGAGGAGGAGGAAGUAUGUGGACUAGCAGCAGCCUCUGAAGUUCACUCCAGCUGCUCUGCGCGUUCUCUUCAUUAACUGGAGACUCCAGUAAUCCGAUAAAUCUCCAAAUGUAGCAGAAACAUAUCGACAGCUCAUCUCCAGAGGGAGCAGAGAGCGUGUUCGCUGUUAGGAAGGAGGAUGGCUGGAUUACUGAAACCCUCGCUGGUGCGUAAAACAGCUGGAGAGGAGGAUGUUUUUCCUGACUGAAAUGGAGCGAGGAUUCACACGGAGGGCGUCGUUUAACUAAACCCAACCAAUGUUAAUUGAAUCCUUUUUAUUGCAUGUCGGCUUCGGAGGCCACCGAAAGUGUUCUGCUUCACGUAAAGUGCCUGAAACAUGUUCUGUAAAACACUACACGUCCCUCCAGCCUGAACAGCAUCACACUACGUUGCCAAAGACGUUUCCUGUCCACGAAUGUGUCGCUGAGACACUGCUCACGUUUUACGUAUUUAAAGCUUCUGGUUCAGAGAAUCAGAGGAGGAUUGUUCUGGUGCUUCCGUUAACCACACUAAAGCCAAUAUUGUGAAUGUGCAGCAUUAUUAACUGCUAGAAGCUCUACUGCGUUCAGCAAUACUGUAUUAUCGAGCAUAAUAUCGUCAUAUCACUAUGUAUCCCCAUUACUGUAAUGUCCGCGGCGGUAACGCGUGGAGUUUGACACUCUGCUGACUCGUUACGCUGCCACCAACUGUACAGAAGACUCUUAUGUUUAUAUUGUAUACGGUGUGUAUAUAUAUAUAUAUAUAUAUUUGUAGUGCUUUUAAUAUUUGAAAUGACUGGAAUUGGUUGUAAAAGAUGAACGAGAAGACCAGGAAGUAAGUUUACUGUAUAUUUUGACGGUGAAUGAAUCCAGAGGUGCGUUUGGUUUGCGUGGAACAAGAGUUGCUUUUUUUUUUUUGGUUUGUUUUUUUGUCACUUGGCUUCAUGAAGCAUCGAGUAGAGUUUUCAAAAUGUUUUCCAUUUUUUGCCCCAAAGUUUGUCCCACCUGACUGACAAAUUCAUACUGGGAAAUGUGAGUGUUUGCUUUCUUACCAAGACAAUAAGUCCUGCCCAGCGGCUAGUUGGUUUAGCUAGCCUGUUUUUACUUUUAGCAGGAAGUAAACAAACUAGAUAUAACUUUGUCAGCUUUGGAGAAAGUCUACCACUUUCCCUGAGUUUCCAGCCUUUGUGCGAAGCUAACAUUCAUAUUUAAGACAUGAAGAGGAAAGUGGUGUCAGUCUUUUUAUCUUCAUCUUGACUGAACAGAAAGUGUUUCCCAACAUGUUAAAAGCUUCUUUUAAAAACAAAAACACUCCUUCUGGGUGUCUGUGUAGGUCCUCAGUCACCCAGAUGAUGGUAAUCCUCCGUGUGUCAGUAGAAAGCAGCUUCUUCUUUGGUUCUUGAAGUUCUUUCAAGGUCUGGGCAGGCCUCUUGAAUCAGAAGUGAAACGUCUUCAAGAACCAAAAAGACAUUCAGUUGCUUUCCACUGAAGCUCUUAGGAACCCAGUUUGGGAUUUUAUCUGACGCAGAAUGUAAAAAGGAGGACAGGUUCUUGUUUGUCUAGUUAAUUAUCCACCAAAACACCUCGACAUCCAACUUUAAAUCCCCACAAUCUUCUGAUUUGUGAUCUUGCCAAAGUCUCCCGAGCUUUAUCCGGUAUCCUAAACCUUGGACGGGGCAGGUUGAAGGAGCUCCGCACUGCCUGUCUCAGUGAGUCAAGUUAAAAAUGAAGAAAAAAACCUGCAGCUCAACCAGAAAUGGUGGGAUUUGUAAGAGGAAAUGUGUACAUUCUGGCUGCUGAAAGGAGAAAUUACUGACGUCAAGUCAAAAUACAGCAGCUCUGAAGACACAGACGCCUUUAUUGGACCUGCUUCAUCCGUUCACUGGUUGAUGUUUGAUUAAAUAAAACACGUUCUGGUUAGAAGCAGCUUGAAGUUUGCUAAAAGUUAGUUUUACACUUGGUUUUACUCACUUUAUUCUCUGCUGUGUUUAAUACCAAACAACCCUGAACUUAAGCAUAUAGUUGUGUUUUUGUUUUGUACAUAUUAAAUGUGUUCUUGUACCAUAACAGCUGUUUUCUAGACUGACUGGAAACUCAUUGAUUUGACGGGAGAGGAGAGAAGUUGCUUGUUGGACCCGGUGUGAGAGUAUAUUUCUUCUGUUCGUGAUUUCCUGUGUAAUUUUGAUUUAUUGCAAAACCCCUUUUUGUAACUGCAAAAACACUCGUGUGAGGAAAAAGUACCAUAAAUAAUAAUAAUAGUAUUUUAAACUA